AUGCAGAGCGUCCCUCGAUGUUCACGCGCACUGAUGCUUGCCGCUGAGUAUUUGGCGUUGGCUGCGCAAGGAAGGGGAGGUCUACGAAGUGGCCCUGCCGCAAAUCCUGCCUUUACUUACGUUUUCGAUCAAAUAGCGGCGGAACCAAAUGGCGAACAAGUUCGCGAAUUGUUUCGUAUAGUGAAAGAGCAAUGGUUGCGUAGUGAAACCGAGAUGAUUAGAGCAGCUCGACAUCUUGAAGCUGCAGCCCAAAUCUACACUCGGUUGGAAGUGGAAAGAAUCUGUCAGCGAGAGCAAAACGACGGUGUCCUUCAGGUAGAUCUAUUCGGUGGUUGGUUGGACACUCCGCCGAUCACCCUGCGCGCGAAACCGUCUGCGGUAGUGAACAUGGCGAUUCUCGUCAACGACAUGGUGAAAGCUUUCGUCACCAUACUUUUCGGAAUUAUUAUCUGUUACGAGGCUAAGCCAGUAACUUGUCAAGUUAGCCGUUGCUGUAUUCCGGGCAUCACCGUGAAAAGUGAAGAGACUACAAUCUUGUUCGAAACUUCGCGUUCUAUAUUGGAUUCACACAACAAGCCCGGUAAUCCAGGAGCACUGCUAUGUGCCUGCCUUGUGUGUGUUGGAAUACCAAGGGGACCUGACGACAAUCUUUCCGAAGUUUUACAAAGUAGUUUCUCCAGCACUGGUCUGCAGAUCGAAUGUCACUCCUCUUUACCACAUGGGUCAGGCCUCGGCACAUCGUCGAUUCUUGCUGCCGCUGUCAUCCGUGCACUUUGGCUGACCGCUGGUGUCAAUCACUCUGAGAAGAACGUUUGUCAUGCUGUGCUAAUGGUAGAACAACUAUUGACAACUGGUGGAGGAUGGCAGGAUCAAGUGGGUUGCCUUUAUCCCGGAAUAAAAAAAGGCUAUUUCUCUGAAGAAGAAAGUAGCAUUGGUGUGGAACAGAUCCCAAUCAGUCAGCGCUUCGAGGACGAUAUCAAUCGACGUAUGGUCUUAAUUUAUACUGGGAAGACGAGAUUAGCAAAGAACCUCCUUCAGGAAGUAAUUCGUGGUUGGUAUUCCGGAGGUCCAACUCGAGACGUUAUUGCUUCUCUUGAGAAUAAUAUGGAACUUUUUUCUGAUGCUUUAAGAGAAGGACGCAUGCCCUGUGAUCUGAUUGGUCUUUAUUAUCAAGCAAAGAAAGCGCUUGCGACUGGAUGUGAGCCAGAAACCGUGACGUCACUAAUCUCUCGCCUGAAAACGGAGAAUCUGAUUGAGACAGCAUGGCUGGCUGGAGCUGGAGGUGGCGGCUUUUUAUAUGCCUGGCUGCGAGAAGACGUCACUGUUGAUCAGAUCCGAACCUAUGUCUCCGGCUGUGGUUCUUUCGAAAUGUCUGUGCACACGAUUACUAUUGAUAAUUCACCUAUGAAUAUUUGCGUAAUCUAA